UAUUUCCAUCAGGGGUCAAAGUUGAAUGCUGCCAUCGCCAUGUGAAUGUUGUGGCCGCAAGUGCUAAUGUUAGCUUUAGAUAGUAUACUAUAAGUUCAUUGGGAACUUAUUGGUAACCAGAUUAUGUUUUGUGUUUAGGGACCGCCAUCAUUUUUUUUGGACUUAGUAUAUACGGAGCAGUGUUGAUGCUUUUCAUUUAGAAUAUUUUAUAAACGAUCCACGCUUUAGCAACUACUUGCCCAGCCGUUAUCAUCAUUCUGUUGAAUGUCUCUUAUGGCCACCAAAUGAGUGAUGCUGAAAAUACCACAUCUUCUUCGUGCCUUAACUAACGCGCAACUCUUGCAUUUCAAUUACAAAGGAUUCCAACAUAGAUCACGUUGCACGAUGAGCCAAGGGGAGCUGCUAACCACGAUGUCAACUAAAAGAGUCAACGAGGAGGCAAUCUCUGUUGAAGAUGAGCAGAUAACAAAAAAGGUCAAGUUAGAAGAAAACGUUGACAAUGAAAAGAAGUAUCCUAAAAAGAAGGUGGUUCUACUCGUGGCGUAUUCUGGAAAAGGAUAUUAUGGGAUGCAGCGAAAUACUGGAACCUCGCAGUUCAGAACGAUUGAAGAUGAGUUAGUCUCCGCUCUUAUUAAAUCGGGCUGCAUUCCUGAAAACCAUGGCGAUGAAAUGAAGAAAAUGUCUUUCCAAAGAUGUGCAAGAACAGAUAAGGGUGUGUCUGCAGCAGGCCAGGUGGUGUCACUUAAGCUGCGGUUGAUUGAAGACAUAAUGGAAAAUAUCAACAAGCAUCUUCCUGCGCAAAUCAGAAUUCUAGGUUUCAAACGAGUGACCCAAGGCUUCAACUCCAAAAACAACUGUGAUGCGCGUACAUAUUCCUACAUGCUUCCCACUGUGGCCUUUGCCCCAAAGGACUACGACACCCAGAAGUCGGCCGCUUUCCGCUUGGACCCAGAGACCCUCACCAGAGCCAACUCGCUCUUUUCCCUUUACAAAGGCACGCACAACUUCCACAACUUCACCUCGCAGAAAAGCCCCCAGGACCCCAGCGCCCGCCGCUACAUCACGGAGAUGUCCUGCGAGGAGCCCUUCCUCAGCGGCGACUCGGAGUUCGCCGUUAUCACGGUGCGCGGCCAGAGCUUCAUGCUGCACCAGAUCCGCAAGAUGAUCGGCCUGGUGAUCGCAGUGAUCAAGGGCUAUGCCAAGGAGGAGGUGCUGGAGCGCAGCUGGGGCAACGACAAGGUGGACAUCCCCCGGGCCCCUGGACUGGGCCUGGUGCUGGAGAGGGUGCACUUUGACCGCUACAACCAGCGCUUCGGCGGGGACGGCCUCCACCAGCGCCUGGAUUGGGCCGCGGAGGAGGAGUCGAUUAAGGGCUUCAAGAAGGCCCACAUCUACCCCAGCAUCGUGAACACGGAGUCGGAAGAGCGCUCGAUGAUCAGCUGGAUGGCCUCCCUUCCCAUCCAUGACUACGAGGCGUCGGCGGCGGAUCGCCGGGAGAAGGACCAGAAACAGGAAAAUGAUGUGGGGAAUGAAUCCGAUUAGACCAAUACCAAGUUUAUUUUUAUUUUGGUGAACGACGUGAUUUAAUUUUGAGGUCGAAUAAAAACCUGUUCU